UCAGUUUUUCAGUGGGAAUUGAAGGAAAAUGGCGUGUGCUGUCGGCUCGAGAUUGUGCAAUAUUGACAGUUGUUAGUUGUGGGAUUCGCGUUUAGGCUUAUUGUUGUUGUUGCGCGGCGGAGUGUGCUUUUGUCAGAAAUUGUUUGGUCGUCGGUCAUUUCUUGGAAUGUUGUCAAUUUUUGGUUGUGGUUUUUCCGUGUUGUUUACAAAACAAAAGUGUUCUAUGAAAAGAUGAUUGAAAUGUCGGAUUGCGGUGAGGUGAAAUGCUAGAGAGUGUUCCCAGCAAUCUGAUUUUAUCAUUCGGGAAAUAGUCCGCGGUUAGCUGGCGUCGCGGAAGACGGCGAAAAGUGUCGGUGGAUGGGUGUGUUUACUUCUUGUCUCGAAGGCGCUAGCUUGGUCUCGGGUCGUCCUUGCAGUAGUUGUGCGUGAAGGAAACGUCUCAAGAGCAGUUCGGGUGAAUAUUGACGAAAAUGCGUGGUUUCCGUGAGAAUGCCGGCAGUUAAUAUUGGGCUGAAAAAUCCUUGAGUGUUUCGUGAGAUUCUGAUUUCUUUGUGAAACCUUCGCCCUUUUAGGGUGUCCUGUGGUAACUCGUGUUUCCUCGUUCUGCUGUGGAAACUACAGUCAAGUGUUGUGGGGAAAAUGGGAAGAGUUCGUCGGACCAGCCAUAAUAAAGGGAAUGGAGUUGGUGUUGAAGGAGGCGCAAUGAGGCGCCGGCGGUUGGUCAACCUCCUCGGGUUCCUGGAGUCAAAUCGGACUCUACUUGUUUUUGGAUUAGUGCUGGUAGCGGUCGCCUCGUUCACAACGUGCAAGGCCAGUCAAGCACUUGAAUUCACCAUCGAGCCCCAAGACGUAGUCGUCCCGGAAGGUCAUUCUGUACUAUUGCAAUGUGCCGGAUCUGUGCAACCUGGUGCCCUGAAAGAAGGCAAAACAGCCCCCAACAUUCGAUGGAGAGGACCGGACGGACAGGAAUUGGGUAUUGUCGGUGACACCUUCAGAAACCAGCUCAAAAAUGGUUCACUAUACAUUAGCUCGGUCGAGGAAAAUCGAGGCCUAACCGGCUCCUAUCAGUGUCUUCUUAAUGUCGAUGGAAUCGGGACAAUUGUUAGCCGCUCAGCAACCGUCUCAAUAGCUAGACUGCCAGAAAUCGAUCAGGAUUUCAUGGAAUUGUAUCUUCUGCCCGGACAAACUGCCUAUUUUCGAUGCAUGAUUGCACCAAUUCAAAGUGGUAUCAAGCACCAUGUUCAAUGGCUAAAAGAUGAUGCUCCAUUACAUUUUGAUACAAUGCGAAUGGUGAUUUUACCCUCGGGUGCUCUGGAGAUUGACGAAGUAUCAAAUUCCGAUCGGGGAACGUAUCAAUGCAACGUGACAUCGGGCACAAUCUCGAGAUUGAGCAGCAAAAAGAAUUUAAAUAUAAAGAAAAGCCAAGGACAAAGUGAAAGUUUGGCUGCCCCACAAUUCCAAAUUGGUCCCUCACCGCAAACAGUGAAGGAAGGCGAUACAGUCACAUUUGAAUGUGUUGCAAAUGGAAAUCCUAAACCGCAAAUACGAUGGCUACGAAAAGGCGAGGAAAUAGAUAUGAAUGACUUGGAUUCACGCUUCUCCAUCAUUGGGACUGGAUCUCUUCAAAUAUCCUCAGCUGAGGAUACAGAUUCCGAUAAUUACCAGUGUCGAGCAAGUAACUCAGUCGACUCAUUGGAUGCCCAGGCAACCCUUCAAGUUCAAGUUCCGCCCAAAUUCAUUCAGAGUCCUGUCGACAAAGUAGCUUACGAGAAAGAGGAGCUAGAAUUGGGCUGUUCCAUACGAGGCAAGCCUAAGCCAGUGAUAAAAUGGUUGAAAAAUGGAGAUGUAAUUACGCCGAAUGACUACAUGCAAAUUGUUGGAGGACAUAACUUAAGGAUAUUGGGUCUACUAAAUUCGGAUGCCGGCAUGUUCCAAUGUGUGGGAUCAAACCCAGCGGGAAGUGUACAAGCUUCAGCAAGGCUGAAAAUAAUUGAGCCUGUCCGUGAAACAAAACAGUCAAAAACGACUAAAUCCUUAUCAACCCGAAAACAAAAUCCUCCCCCUGACGAGACUGUACGAACGAAAUCAUCAUCUGAAUCGAAAAAGCUCUCGAAAAGUGCAUUAGAUAGUUUGAUACCUGACGAGCCAGGUAAAGGUGCUCGUCCUUCACUUAAUUUUGGCCCGGAAGAUUCCAACUAUGAAGACGACAUGGAGAACUAUGACGACAUGUUACCUUUGUAUGACGAUGACGAAACUGAACUUAGACUGCCAGGGAGAUUUGACAGUGGACGAAGGAUUAUAACUCCACAUACUGAUGAUACCAGCAUUCAAGAGGCUGUAUUUAAUCCCUAUCCCAAACAUACAGAUCAACAUCAUAAGCUGGAUGACACCCACUUGGCGAAGGUACCUCUGCCGGGAGCACCAAGGGAUUUAGAAGCGCAAAUUGUAAAGCCACGAUUUGUCGCAUUAAGCUGGAUGGAACCAAUUAAAAAUCCGGAUGAAGUUGUAUCGUAUUCGGUUUACUACAAAAUGCACACGAGUGAUAGGGAAAGGAAGAUUACAACAAAAUCACGGGACGAUCAACAGGUCAAUAUUCAGAGUCUGCUUCCAGGCAAAAUAUAUCAAUUUCGUGUUGUUGGCAAUAGCAACCAUGGACCUGGGGAGUCAUCUGAGGUCCUCGAAGUGAGUACACAACCCGAGGAGAAUAUCGCCGGGCCACCGACAAACGUCGAAGGGCUCGCUCUAAGCCAUAAUAGCAUCCUUGUAAAGUGGGAUCCACCUCUUGUGACGAACGGUGUAAUCACCAAGUACCGAAUCUAUUACGCUGAGAACGAUAGUGGCGAUAUGUACACGGAUAGUACGAGUCCAAAUCUGGAAGCUGAACUCACCGAGCUCCGUCCAUUUACCGAGUAUACAAUUUCUGUGGUGCCAUUCAACCAGAAUGGAAUGGGCGAUCCUUCGAACGAAAUCAAAAUCAAAACAUUCUCAUCGACGCCAUCGGAACCUCCAAGCAAUGUAACAUUGGAGGUGACUAGCUCAACGUCUAUCACCGUCCAUUGGGAGCCUCCACCUGAAGAAGAACGUAAUGGCCAAAUCACGGGAUACAAAAUUCGCUAUAGAAAAUUACGUGAAUCACCACAAGUUAAAACCACACCGGCUAAUGUUCGACAUUUUGAGUUAAACAAUCUGGAUCGAAUGUCUGAAUACCAAGUGAAAAUCGCUGCAAUGACCGUAAAUGGAUCAGGACCAUUUUCAGAAUGGUUCCGUGUGCUAACCUAUGAGAACGAUUUGGAUGAAACUCAAGUUCCUGGAAAACCAAGAUGGAUCACAGUUCGUGCAGGCGCUCAGAGUAUAGCUCUUCAUUGGGCUCCCCCGGCUCAGCAGGACAUCAAGAUUCGUAGCUACAUUUUAGGCUGGGGCAAAGGAGUCCCUGAUGACAAUACACAAGAACUAAACGAGAAUAUAAGAUAUUUUGAACUGAAGAAUCUUGAACCGAAUACGGAGUAUGUAUUGUCAUUACGAGCGAGAAAUAUAAAAGGUGAUGGUCCGCCAAUCUACGAUAAUGUGAAAACUCGCGAUGAAGAACCCCUAGAUGUCCCAGCUCCACUGCAAGUGCCGGUAGGCUUGCGGGCAAUCACAAUGUCACCGAAUUCGAUUGUAGUAUAUUGGACUGAUAUGACGUUGAGUAAGAGCCAACAAGUAACAGACAAUCGACACUACACAGUUCGCUACGGUGUAUCAGGUUCGAACCGAUAUCGUAAUCAUAAUACGACAGACCUCAACACGAUGAUCGGUGAUCUGAAGCCAAAUACUCAGUACGAAUUCGCUGUGAAAGUGGUAAAAGGACGUCGUGAGUCUGCAUGGUCAAUGUCCGUCCUGAAUACCACUCUUCCAAACAUCCCGCUAUCCCCUCCGCGGAAUUUUACAGUCCAAUCCGAUGGCACGAAUCCUCAAAAUGUGAUUUUACAAUGGCAACCACCAAAGCAUAACAUCGGUAUGAUCAACGGUUAUGUGAUAUAUUAUACGACGGACCUAACGAAGCGUGAUCGAGACUGGGAUGAUGAAAGUGUCGACGAAGGUGUCCAUAUGAAAAUCAUUGAAAAUCUAAAGCCCUUCACAACUUAUUACUUCAAAAUUCAAGCGAAGAAUUCGAAAGGCUAUUCACCAUUUUCGGCUAUGGUUACUUAUAAGACGGGGACGGCGGUACUGAUGCAAGAUUCUAGCAUAAUGGGAGGUGGUGUAAAUAAUCAAAUGAUAAUAAUUAUUAUUGCCGGAGCGACGGCAGUUACAUUGAUUAUCGCAAUUGUUAUUAUUCUUCUGUUGUGCAGGAGAAAAGUGCCCAGCACCCCUGAUCAUACUAAGAAAAGCUAUCAAAAAAAUAAUGCCGGUAUACCCAAGCCACCCGACCUAUGGAUUCACCAUGAUCAAAUGGAGUUAAAAAAUGUAGAAAAGGGCCACCAUCAUACAAACAGCACCCAUGUUUCAGCAUGUAGCGAUGGUGCUUCAAGUAGCGGAGCCAUGACUCUACCACGAUCUGUAGUGCACGAAUACGAUAGUGAUCCCGCUUUACCGCAUGUCACAAACUCCUUAGACAAACGAUCUUAUGUUCCUGGAUAUAUGACCACAUCUAUGAAUUCCACAAUGGAACGACCGCAGUAUCCACGAACGCAAUACAAUAUGUCAAGUAGGUCACAUAUAAACGUCGAUGCAGCACUGUCUCAACAGAGCCUGAAUCAACCACAAAACAAUUCUUUGGCACAGACGCCGGAAAAUCCAUACGCUUAUGACUCAAUGCCGUCAAAUUAUAGUAACGCUUCAGUGACAUAUGCCCCCGGCAUGUCAGUGGAAGUACCUAAAAGAGGCCAAGGACACCCACUGAAAAGCUUCAGCGUACCAGGUCCGCCACCACCCAAUAUAUCAACGCCAAUAAUAACGAAUCCGAACAAACAUAGCGUUCCUGCCGUAACAAUACGUCCACAAAAUGCAUCGCCCUACAAAAAGGCGUCAUUCUCAAGUCUAACCCCUACAAAUCGUCUUCAGAGCGGUCCUUCCGUAGCCCACUCAAACGAUGAAAUCCAAAGGCUAGCUCCGAGUACUUCAACCGAGGAAUUGAACCAGGAAAUGGCCAAUCUAGAAGGGCUUAUGAAAGAUUUGAGUGCAAUAACUGCCAAUGAAUUCGAAUGUUAACGUUGUUCUCCGCCGGGGGUAGUUUUUCGUAUGAAAUAAGUUUUUUUCUAUAUGUUCGAUAUACGAUUGUUUCCGAUAAUGUACAGAGUGCGGAAAGUAUGUAAUGUGAACUGUGUGAAUGUUUGAUAUCUAUAAAUGGUUAGAUUUAGGUAGAAUUAUAUUUUUUGAUAAUUUUAUUUAUUUCAAAUUUAGUUUCUUAGUUUUUAGUUUGAUAGAGCCGUACGUGGACUAGGAUUAUCGAAUUUUAUGAGACUUUUUAGAGUGGGGUUUUUUAUUUUUUUAUUGAAAAAUUAACUAAAUCGCACCUAAAUAAUUGGCUGACAUUUAAUUUAGUUUGAUCGUAAACUGAGUUAAAACCUUUCGAUGUAUAAUGUUGUUAGGAUUUUUGCUGAAUUGGGUUUCAGCUCCCGUGCUUUAGGUUUUAAUAAUUUUGGAAACCAACAUAUGUCGAGGAAGGAAAUUAUUGUUGAAAU